GUACUUAGCUUCUUGCAACGACCUUCAAUUAUCUGUGAUUAUUUGACAUGGAAUCCUGAAUUUUAGCUUGAGUAUUUACAUCUAUCAGGACUUCCACGGGUUUCCUGAUGUUCACAUGUUGAUUCAAAACCCAUGACAACAUAGGAGAGUGGGACGGGCACUAAAAUUAAUAGCCGGGAUAUUGCCGGGCACAAUACUGCCACCACGACUUCUAGUCUCUAUUGUUCUGUCGCAGCCUGACAUUACCUAGGUUCAGCCGUUUGUUCGUUCGCCAAUAGCUCACAGCGCCGGCAAGGUGGGAAGAUGAGCGGGGUUGCCAUAUGCUCUCGUGGCUAAAAGAGAUGACAAGCCUCUGAGUCCACAUCAUGAAAUCUCGACGUUCUCGAGUAGUCUUCAAACAUCAACUGAGAAAAAUGGCUGCAAGCGUGGAACAACAACAGCAACAACAGGUUGGUCCUGCGCCUCCUAGCACACAGCAAGGUGCAUCUAUCCCCAGCCUCUUCAUGUUUCCUCCCAUGAUUCGCGAUGCGCUGGAGACAGACUCGUCCAACAUCCAGGAUGAGACGGUCGAUGAGAUUCUGCCCUUCCUGACUGGCAAAGAACACAGCCAGCUCAACGCCCAUGGCAUCCCCCGUCUGGACAAGCAGCGACAUGUCAGGUUCCUGAAAAAGCAGCUAGGAGCGUUGCCGUCAAUGUUUGUGGGAGCGGAUCCCAGCAGGCCGUGGAUAUUCUAUUGGUGCCUGAAUGCCCUGUCUCUUCUCGGUGAGGAUCUCGAGCCUUAUCGCGCCAGGCUUAUUGAGACAGUGCGCCCUAUGCAGAAUAAAACGGGCGGGUUCGGAGGGGGUUUUGGCCAGUCAUCGCAUCUUGCCACCACCUACGCGACUAUCCUCUCGCUGGCAUUGGUUGGCGGAGACGAGGCAUUCGAAGCGGUCGACAGGAGAGGCAUGUGGAAGUGGUUGUGCCAGCUCAAGCAACAAGAUGGGGGGUUCCAGAUGGCCGUCGGAGGCGAAGAAGAUGUGAGGGGGGCCUACUGCGCAGCUGUUGUGAUAUCUCUGCUCAACUUGCCUUUGGAACUAUCAUCCGACUCUCCUGCAUGCGCUGCCGGCCACACAAGUCUCCUGAGUGGCCUGGCUGAAUGGGUCCGGCUGUGCCAAACGUACGAGGGAGGCGUGUCAGCCACCCACGGGAUCGAGGCGCAUGGUGCGUAUGCCUUCUGCGCUCUCGGAUGCCUUUCAAUUAUUGAUUCCCCACACCGAAGCAUCAGACGGUACAUGGAUGUACCACGUCUUAUCUCUUGGCUCUCAUCUCGCCAGUAUGCUCCAGAAGGUGGCUUUUCAGGCCGCACGAACAAGCUUGUCGACGGCUGUUAUAGCCACUGGGUUGGUGGAUGUUGGCCCCUGAUUGAGGCCGGUCUGAGCGGGCCUGAGGGGCCGACAGCUGGCCCUGCAGGUCGCCCGAUGGAAGACACGGAGGCAGACGACAGCUUGUUCAGCCGAAAUGGAUUGAUUCGUUACAUCCUCUGUUGUUGUCAAGACAUGUCUAGGAGGGGUGGCAUGAGGGACAAGCCUAGCAAGUACUCUGACGCGUACCACACUUGCUACGUUCUAUCUGGUCUCAGCUCCGCACAGAACAAGUGGCGUUUGGUUGCCUCUCGAGCCGAUGAGGCCCUUCUUGGAGGCGACGUUUGGGAGGUGUUGCCUCAUACAAAGGGAGAGCAAAUAUUUGAUGAGGAUGACCGGAUCGGAACGCUUCACCCCGUCUAUGCAAUUCCUCAGCAUUCAGUUGACGCGAUUCGAAGUUACUUCUCAUCGAAAGAGGGCUUCUAGCUGCGAAUAGGCAGCCGACGUCUCCUGUUAUAAGUGGCCAUUAGGUUCCAUACAGUGCUUAUCCCUUCCAGCGGAGCCAGUG